UUUUUUUCGAGCAAUAAAUAUUCUUGAUAUUACUUACAUCCUAAAAAACUUAUUUAAAUCAAAAUUUUAAAUGGUUGCCAACGACAGACAAAAUCUAUUGGACGGAUUGCCACCUCACAUCCUUGACGCCAUUUUCACCAAACUCUGUUGGCCAAACAUUGUUAUUUGUCUCCUCGACCAAUCCACUAGUUAAAACAACUUCUUUGCAACUUAUCUUUAAAAACAUCAAACUAAAGUCUCACCUUCCUGGUCGUUAUCUUCGUAUUAUAAAUGACCAAAUCACUCCCAAUCAUAUCCUAACAUUGUCACUGGCAGAUGCUGCAGUGUUUAAUGAAUAUUUCAAUAGGUAUUCCAGAAAUAUAUAUCUUAAUAUGAUGCUUUCAAACCCAAACUUAAUAGACCAAUAUCAAAAUAUGUUUUCAGUGUUAGGUCUGAUCAAAAAAUUGUCAAUUUUCCUUCGAUCAAACUUAUAUUCUGAGGUUCUCGCAACGCCUUCUAAAUUCAAUACGGUUUCAGAUUUGAAAACAUUUAUAUCAUUAAUCAAAAAUGUGAUGCUUUCACAAAGAAAAUCACUAGAAACAAUAGAAUUUAAUUAUGAUAACAUCAAACAGUCCAGCAAUGCCAUAUGUCCUGCAUUGCAUUAUCAAACCAACACACCUGAUUAUCCUGAAGAAUAUAAAAUUGAACUUCAGUUGUUAUUUGCAGAUGAAUAUGUCAACAAUAAUUCGUUCAAGUUUACUACACUAGAAUUGAAAGGAGUGUGCUUUUCUAAAAUGAAUUCCGGUGUGCUAAAACUGAUGGAUUUAAAACAUCUCAAAUUGGCAAACAGCAGCUGUCCCAGUUUGAAGAAUAUCCAAUUCUCUGACACAAUCGAGUAUUUGGAUUUAUCACACAAUGGAAUUGCAACUAUAAAAAAUGUGAAAUUCCCUACAAACUUGGUUACUUUGAAGUUGUGUUUCAAUAAAAUAAAAUCGUUCCAAAAUUUCAACCAGUGUGACAAAUUGGUCCAAAUAAUGCUAAAUAACAACUCCAUUAUGAAGAUUAAUAAUGUUUCCAAGUUUAAAGAUAUAAAGCAGCUUUAUUUAAAAAUCAAUUCUAUCAAAUCAAUCGCAAAUCUAAAUGCAUUAUCGAAUUUGGAGGAAUUAUAUCUUUCACAUAAUUUGGUCAGCAACAUUGCAGAACUUAGAGGAUUACCAAAUUUAAAAAUCUUAGAUAUAUCUAAUAAUCCUAUUGAUAAUUUUAAUAACGCAUUUGCAGAUAUUCCCAAAUUGGAAAAAUUAAAUAUGUGUGAAAGUAUGAUUAGGAGUAUUGGAAAACCUGCUUCCAAAUUGCUAAACUUAAAGAGCAUUACGUUGUGCCAUAACUUUAUAUCAAAAAUUGGAAAUUUUAACCAAAUGAUUAAUCUCAGAAAUAUAGAUUUAGGAAGUAAUAGGAUUGAAAAAAUCGAGCAACUAGACAACUUAGCCCAACUUUCAUUUUUAGGUCUUUGUGAAAACAAAAUAAAGAUUGUUGAAAACAUUGAGAGUUUAGGCAAUUUACGCCAUAUCAAUUUAUCAGACAACAACAUAUCUGAGUUUAAGCUCACAAAAAAAGGCAAAUUUUUGGAAAAAUUAGCUAUAUUGGGUCUACGUAAUAAUAAAAUAACAGAAAUAAACAAUUUAAAGUGUUUAAAGAAUUUGAAGCAUUUGGAUCUAUCAAUAAACCAAAUUAAAACAUUAAUACUAUUGAAAGAAUUGAAUAGUUGUGCCAUUAUGAGGUUAGAGGGCAAUGAAAUAGAAAAAAUUGAACAAGACAAACCAAAUUAUUUUGCAAUCAAUUGGAUUUUCAAUGAUUGCAUUUUCAAUGAUUGCAUUUUCAAUGAUUGCAUUUUCAAUGAUUGCAUUUUCAAUGCAAUGUUUAAAAAGCAGCCCAGUUUAGUGCCUGAAGACAAACAUGAUAUGAUGUUGGAUUUAAGAUCAAACCGUUUAAAAAGCACUCAAGGGCUAUCACAAUGGAGCAAUAUUACUCACCUGAAGUUGCCUGAUACAAUUAUACAAAUUAGUUCAGAUGUUAUAACAUUGCCAAACACUAAAGAAAUCAAAUACGAGCUGCCAGCUUCGAAUUCCUUAUUUAGAUUGAAUCAGUUAAGAGCUCAAGCUCCAAAUUUAAAAAUUGAUUUCUAUAGAGAAGCACUAUGGUACAUACCAGUUAAAUAGCUAAAUAGUUGAAAUGUUAGUAAUUAUGGUUUCUUCAACGAAAGUUCGAUCCAUUAAAACCUGGAAGAAAGCCAAUCUCAAAGUGCCAAAUCAUGCAAUUGGUACUCUUGUUAGAUCCUGAUAGACCACUUUAUGAUAAGAAACAUUUCUGAUUUCUCGUUUUGUGAUUCUUGUUGGUUUGAUUGCAGUUGUAUCAGUUGCUGUAUCCAUCGUAACUUGAACAUUUAAAUCCUGAUCCCAUUCUACCAAUACCCUGAUAAUGAACCAUUAUCCAGGUUUUCAGGCCAGCACUUCGC